CUCGCCCUGGCGCAGGGUACCUGUAUGUAACUGAUGCUUUUCGCCUCUACUUGAACCUCACCCACCAUCAACAACUUGAAGUCUCGCCAUUCGAAACGAACCAGUUCGUCAAGAUGCCGAGCCACAAGUCUUUCCGUACCAAGGUCAAGCUGGCCAAGGCCCAGAAGCAGAACCGACCGAUUCCGCAAUGGAUCCGAUUGAGAACCGGCAACACCAUCAGAUACAAUGCCAAGAGGAGGCACUGGCGCAAGACUAGACUCGGAAUCUAGAUGCAUCUCAUCUCAACCCAUCCUGUUCGAUGCGACGACAAGACACUCUCCUCACAACUCCCACCACCCAAUCCCGAAAGUCAAUGAUUAUCGCUAUCAUCGCCUUACCACUCGGUCUUGUGGAGGGGUAGGAAUGGACGCGUUGCAAUGGCUGAAAGGAAGUUUGUGAUUGCUGGUCGCUAGGUGUUAUCGAGCAGGAAAGCUGGAAUGGUGGGCAGGAAUCGAGGCGCGGAUGACAUGAAACGAAUGCCGAUUCAUUUUUCUUCAGUUCCGAUUCCUGAAUACUCUCCAAAAAUGGGAUCCUUGAUUGUGAGCGGAAGAGCAUCUGUUACCGUAACUCACUGCCGCGAGAAUCAAUCAGUACGAAAAGGAGCAGCAAUAUUCCAAAUCCUGAAUCAUUCACAGAAUGUGCUUGUUACGUGCACAGCAAGUUUCCCUGUCAGUUUUUUGGAUCUCCAAAAUCUGUUCGCUCGCAUGACUCCGAUUGUUUCACUACUAGUAUCUGUGAGUUCUCUGCCGAGACUCGAGACCAUGACUGAUGUAGGGCCUUCCCUCGUACAAUGUGGUCUGCAAUCAUAUAAUCAUAGCACUGCUCCUCGUGUGGACCGAUAGUUUGAUUGCUGUUAUCGGCCUGCGUCCCGGCGCACAGGAUUCGAGUCUUGUCGUAUUUGAGCAUGCAUGCAACUAAAAAG